AUGUUCACCAGUCGCGAUCUGCCGUCCUCAAGCCUGUCUUGUCUCGCGCUAUCGUCGUGGUGUCUUCUCACCUGCUUGCUCACUCUGACAACAGACGCUGCUGCCACUGAUGUUAGAAGCAAUGCUCACGCCGCACGCAUACACGAGACGAUGAACCAGAUCGCGAGAAAACGGCGGGAAAUUACAGACGUGGUUUCCAAAUCGGACAUGAAUAAACGAGGGUUCACGGAGGAGGAGAAAGACUCGAUUAUACACGUGCAUAACGCCUUCAGGAGUGUCGUGGAUGACCCUCCGGCCUCCAACAUGCGCGAAGUGAUCUGGGACGAGGCCAUCGCUAACUACUCCCAGGAAUGGGCAGACGGCUGCGGCGGACGCCACAGACUCACCCGUGACCUUGACCCCUGGGUCGGUAUGGGGGAGAACCUCAUGUUCAUUUGGGCUCCAGGCUACAACGAAGCCACAACCGUCCAAAACUGGUGGGAAGAAGGCUUUGACUAUACAUACGACACAGAGGCUUGCACCAACAGAAAUGGCUGUGGACACUAUGAGACGGUAAUGUGGGCGAAAACUCACCUCGUUGGCUGUGGUAUAAAAAGGUGCGAUGCUCUUGAAGCGUUCAAGUCAUUAGGACAAGCUUACUUCAUUGUUUGCAACUACAACGACAGGUUUCUGACCGCCUCCAAGCCGUAUGAGAAGGGAGCAGCGUGUUCGGCGUGCCCGGAUGAGGCGCCCGGAUGA